ACUUCUGCAAGAUCCUAUCUUCAACAAUCUACAAAUAUUUCAAGGUUAUCUAACGGUUUGACAAUCGCCACUGAAUACAUUCCAAACACCCCUACUGCUACCGUCGGUAUUUACGUAGAUGCAGGAUCAAGAGCUGAAAAUACUAAGAAUAAUGGUACUGCCCAUUUCUUAGAACAUCUGGCCUUCAAAGGUACUGAAAAAAGAUCGCAAAAGAAAAUUGAAUUAGACAUAGAAAAUAUUGGUUCACAUUUAAAUGCUUACACUUCAAGAGAAAAUACAGUCUACUAUGCCAAGACUUUAAAGGAAAAUGUUCCACAGGCAAUCGAUAUCCUUUCUGAUAUAUUGACGAAAUCUACUUUGGACAAGUCGGCAAUUGAAAGAGAAAGAGAUGUCAUCAUUAGAGAAAGUGAAGAAGUUGAUAAAAUGUACGAUGAAGUCGUCUUCGAUCAUUUACAUGAAAUUGCAUAUUCCGACCAAUCCCUAGGGAGAACUAUUUUGGGUCCAAUUAAAAAUAUUAAAUCGAUCACUAGAGAUGAUUUGAAAAAUUAUAUUACUCAAAAUUAUAAAGGUGAUAGAAUGGUUUUGGCUUCAGCUGGUGAUAUCGACCAUAAUGAAAUUGUCAAAUACGCUGAAAAAUAUUUCGGUCACUUGCCAAGUUCUCAUCUACAAAAUAUUGACACUGGUUUGAAAAGAUCAAAUGAAAAUUUUCCAAUUUUCCAUAGAGGUGAAAGGUUUUUGAAAAAUUUAACCUUACAAACCACACACAUUGCAAUUGCUUUGGAAGGUGUCUCUUGGUCAUCUCCAGAUUAUUUUAUUGCAUUGGCUACCCAAGCCAUAGUAGGAAACUGGGAUAGAUCCUUGGGAGCGGGUACAAAUUCCCCAUCCCCAUUGGCAGUAGGCGCCAGCGGUAUGGCUAAUAAUUCUCAACCAUUGGCCAACUCAUACAUGUCAUUCUCUACUUCUUAUGCUGAUUCAGGGUUGUGGGGUAUGUACAUUGUUACUGAUUCCAAAGAGCACAACCCUAAAUUAAUAAUUGACCAAGUAUUAAAUGAAUGGAAAAGAAUAAAAUUAGGUAACUUCACAGAUUCUGAAGUUAGUAGAGCUAAAUCUCAAUUAAAGGCAGCAUUGCUAUUAUCUCUUGAUGGUUCAACUCCAAUUGUAGAGGAUAUUGGUAGACAGAUUAUUACAACAGGUAAGAGAUUAUCACCAGAAGAAGUGUUUGAAAAAGUGGAUAAGAUUACAAAAGAAGACAUCAAAAUAUGGGCAAACUAUAGAUUAAAUGAUAAGCCUAUCUCUAUUGUUGCAUUAGGUAAUGUUGAAAAUGUUCCAACAUUAUCAUACAUUGAACAAAAUUUACAAAACUAG